CCGGAAGUCUAAAGUGGGCGUCACUUCCUGUUUAUGGUCCUGUGACAAAAUGCAAGUCGUAUGAUUCGUAUGAAAGUUCCUGCUGUAGGCUUCUCCUUAAUAACAGCACCGGGUCACCAUUUUCACUGGAAGCCCUCCUGUACGGUGAGCUACACACCAUGCAUCUAUCAGCCACUGCUUACAGCCCGCACGCAGUUGAGCACCCCCUCAGCGGGAGUUCCAGUAUUCUCCCUCCAACACCAUGGAUCCUGGCCAGCAGACCAGCCCUCUUCCCCAGCCCAGUGCAGAAUACUUCUCAUGGGACUACCGCCUCCAGCUUAUCGGCCUGGGCUUUGCCUUCUAUGCAGUGGUAUUCUUCCUCUCCCACCUCCUGUCUGUGCCUCUGUCCCGUACCUACAACUCUCUGCUAGCUAAGGAGAAGGUUUUCUGGAACCUUGCUGUGACUCGGGCGGUAUUUGGCAUCCAGAGUACUGUAGCCGGACUCCGAGUCCUGACUGAGGACUCACUGUUAACCAGAGACAAAGUGAGGGGACAAGAAAACUGGUCAUGGUUCAAUGUCCUCACAGCCACAGGUUUCUUUGUGUUUGAAAAUGUAGCACUUCACACCUCCAAUGUAGUAUUUUGGUCAUUUGACCUCCCGCUGGCCACGCACCAUUUCUUCGCCCUGUCAGGAUUUGCAGGGGCAGUGGUGUGGGAUUCCAUGGGCCACUUCCUUCCGAUGGUUACGCUGCUGCUGGAGAUGAGCACGCCAUUCACAUGUAUAUCCUGGAUGCUACUGAAGGCUGGCUGGGCAUGCACGCUGUUUUGGAGAGCCAACCAGUGGGUGAUGAUCCACACGUUCCACUGUCGCAUGGUGCUCAGCUACUACAUGUGGUGGGUAGCCUUGACCAACUGGAGAGGGCUCACCACCCAUGUGGCCCUUUUCCCACUCCUGGUCUUCUUCACUGGCCUAACUCUGCUCACGUUUAUCCUCAACCCCAUCUGGACGCACAAGAAGACCAUGCAGCUGCUUAAUCCUGUGGACUGGAACUUUGGGAACAAGGCGACACCCGUCAAAACCCAUGCCAGUUGAGCGGUAUUUCCUAUGUGAAUGAUGCCAAACGUUUCCUUUAUUAUGUUUUUUAUAGUCGUGUGAUGUGACUUUUUAUUUUAAUUUUAUUUUUUACACAUUAGGGCACAGACAACUUUGCAACAAAACCCUAAAAGUUUAACCGUGACUGUCUGGUACUUUCUCUAUAAAGUUUGCUACAUUGUCUUCCUGAGGCUUUACUGUCAGACAGUUUUCAUAUUUGUUGGUCUUUGGCCUGGUUAGCUUAGCUUUUUAUCAGUUGGCGUGGUUGUGAGGGAAGUGAAAAGGGGCCCUGCUUGGCAUUCCUCAUACAAAACUCCAUUGAUGUUUUCACAACAGAUAUCCAAGGGAAGGUGAAAAUCAAGGGCAACUGGACUGGUUGCUCUUGAUUUUAUGACUGAGAACCUUCACAGAUACAACAGAUCUAGUUAUUCAACAUUGAUUGGACAGGAUAGGCAGGGAAGUUGGUUUAAAGUUUGAAGAAUGAGGUUCUAUGUGUUAGUGAUUUGAUUUAUUAGAUACUACGUGGACAAUUAGAUCAGUGCAUUCAUGAGUCACACUUGUGUUUUUGGUCUGUGAAUCCUCUUUCAGUGGAGACAGAAAUAUUUACCGUGGACAUGAAAGAAAAGGCCUUUAACAGAAUAUUCUUUGUUGUUGGACGAAGGCUCAGGACUGGUCCACUCCACAAAGGCUCUUUUGUGCAAAAUAGAGAUGUAAUGUGGCAAAACUGAAGCCUUGUUGAUGCAGAACAACCAAACGGCAUUUUAUCAUGAUGAAGUGGAUGCUCAUUUCUACUUAUGUAUCAUCAAAAAUGAUGAUACAUAAGAUUAAAAUAAGAUUUUGAUAUUGUGUUUUUCAAACAAUGACCCCAUUGUACUGGAAA